GAGUAGUGAUGCGGUUCCAGAAUGAAUGUCAGAUUGUUUCUUUUAUCGAAACUUAUGGUAGGACAAGGGAGAAUUUAGCGAAAAAUCAAAAACGUACAGAAAAAUUUAAUAUACAUGGUUGUUGGAAGUGGGUAGAAGGAAAUGUCACAAUCUAUGAAGUUCCUUCUAUGCCACACGAAACUGGCAUCGGUGCAAUUGUCGAAGAAAUAAUGGAUGCUUGUAGACCUGUUAAAGGAAUACCUUCUCAGAUUUAUAAAACACGUGACAGAAACUGUGAAAAAGAAGCCGACGCGUUAUUUCGUCCCACAAAACUUGCUGUUAAUGCACCAAAUGGGAGCAAUGGAAAUAAUCGUCUUUGGCCAAAUUUGGUUAUGAAAGUAGCCUACACUGAAACAUUAGAUCAUGUUGAAGAAGCUUUAAAAUAUUGGUUGAGUCCUGGUCGUGCCCACAAUUGUAUUAUUGUAAAAAUUGACCCAGUCCUCCAAGACCAAGUACCAGUCCGUAUGAGA